AUGGCAUCGAAGACGAGCUCGCUGCAGACCACCAAUGAGCUCAUCGCCGGAAGUGUCGGCGGCGCGGCACAGGUCCUCGUCGGACAGCCGCUCGACACCAUCAAGACCAGAGCGCAGAUCGCGCCGAAGGGCAUGUUUAAAGGCCCUAUGGACAUAUUGACGCAGACAAUCCGGAGGGAGGGCUUUUUCGCAUUAUACAAAGGCAUGCUCAGCCCUCUAUUGGGAAUCGCGGGCGUCAACUCUCUACUCUUCGCGGCCUACGGAACCUCAAAGCGCAUCAUCUCACCGUAUCCAGACCUUUCCCUGAAAGAGAUCGCUGCGGCUGGUGGACUAGCAGGGGCUAUCAACGCCGUCUUAGCAAGUCCAGUGGAGAUGUUCAAAGUCAGGAUGCAGGGCCAGUACGGGGCUGCCACAGACAAGAAGCUCGGGACGGUCGCGCGCGAGAUGUGGGCACAGUGGGGAUUCCGCAAAGGCGUCAUGCGUGGCUACUGGGUUACGGUGGCUCGCGAGAUACCCGCGUAUGCAGGGUUCUAUUCUGCAUUCGAGUUUUCCAAACGUAACUUUGCGAAGAAGUACGGGAAAGAUCUUCCUGUAUGGACAUUACUAGCGAGCGGUGCCACUGGUGGGUUGGCAUACUGGUUGACGUCUUAUCCCUUGGAUGUCGUCAAAUCGCGAGUGCAACUCAGGGAGACGCCUCCCGUCGGCUCACCAGUGCGAUAUAUCACACACGAGCUUCGGACUAUUGUGGCAGAAUCUGGCUUCAUUGGCCUCUUCCGUGGACUGUCACCUUCACUCAUUCGCAGUGUCCCUGCUGCCGGAAGCACCUUUGCUGCCUACGAACUGACCAGAGAGUACCUGACACAAGUCACGGGCGUCUGA